CUCCCCCCCUCCCCCGCCAUGUCAGCACAAGAACACAUGCCGCCGCCGACCCUCAAACGAGCGCGGCCGCACUCCACAAAUCUCUCCUCCAGCUCAGCCACGCCCACAGCACAGCCGCCAGCCUCGUCCGCCCUUGCCGCUCCCCAUACAACGUCCAGAGCAAAGAGACGAAAGCCAGAGCCCGUCGGUGUCGAAAGGGAGCGCGAAAAAGAGCCGGAGAGUGAGGUCAAGGUAAAGAUUGACUUUAACGACCUGCCUGUCGAGACACUGUACAAGUACCUCGAAGCGCAUGAUCUGUUACCCAGAUGGGAGCCUUCUCCAUGGUCAGAAGAGCCAUGUAUCCCUCGUAUGCCUUUUUUUUUGUCGGGACACCGCGCAUUCGAGCAUGCCUUGCUGACUUGGUCUUCUUGUUCUCCUUGCAAAAAAGCCAACCAACUAUACACGAUCCCACCUGCUGCCCCCACACCCGUACCCCCCGCAUCUGUGUUCCCCACCAACCAUGACCCUUCGCCUCCUCUGGAACGUACACCCUCGAUGGCUCCAGGCGCCGAGGAAGAUGUCAAGCCUACGAUGGGGACUGUUGGUAUCGGCGCCGAAGAGUCAGCUGCUGCUGAUACUGGCGACGCUGGCGGUGCUGCUGAUGGCACAACGUUUACAUCGGGAGAAAAGACUGAUGGCGCCCAACAAACGAAUGGCGCAGAGGAAGCGCACCAAAGCACCAAUGGCCAAGUGGAAGGGGGCGAAACGACAGCUGCUGCUCCAUCUGGGCAAGGCGAGACAACUGCCGAAGAACCCAAUGGCCCGACGACCAGCUACGACGCGCCCAUCGUCCCUGUUGAACCUCCUAUCAGCCUGGACGCUCCCUCCCACAUCCCCUCAACAGCAGACGCACCCCCCGCAUCUCCGCACUCCACCCCUCCCCCUCCUACUCCGCCUACAACCCGCUCCAAGACUUUACCCUCCCGUCGCCCCGCGACCCCCCCGCCUCCUUCACCACCUCCUCCUAUCAGGCGGGGGGUCAUGACCCUUUCCGACGUGCUGGCUGCCAAACACGUCUUGGCGGAAAAGGCGAAUGCACAUUGGGCAAAAGGUCUGGGAGGCGGUCAGAAUAAAGAAAGCGAGACGAUUGUCAAUUUUUUGUACAAGAUGAAGGUCGGACCUGGACGUUUACUGAGGGUUUACAACCCCAUGACAUCAGCUCAGCCGCCCUGGCUAUGAUCGCAAGCCAUUUUUCUGUUCUUUUCACUUUUUUUUUGGUUUUUUUUUUCUUUCUAUGUUUGCUUCUUGUUCAGUCCGUAAUGGGCAUCUUGUAGGUCUCAUAAUUUUUCGUUUCAUUUCAAGGGAUGAUGAAUAUGCUCCGC